AUGUCGACGCUGCACACGGUGUGGGGAUGGGGGGAGGAGCGUGUGCAGGGAUGGGGGAAGAUGCGGGGAUGGGGGGAGGAGCGUGUGUGGGAUGAGCGGAGGAGCGUGUGUGGGAUGAGGGAAGCAGCGUGGUGCCACAGCAGCAAUGCCCUCCCUGCCCGUGCUGGUGCUGCCCGGGCAUUGUCCCUUGGUUUUGUGCCCUCCUCCACCUUCCCGUGCCCCCCUCCAUGCUCCCAUGCCGGCCUCUCCCCCCUGUACCGCCCCCUCUCCCCCCUGUACCGCUCCCUCUCCCCCCUGUACCGCCCCCUCUCCCCCCUGCGCCGCCCACUCCCCCUGCGCCGCCCACUCCCCCUGUGCCGCCCCCUCCCAAUGCGUCGCCCACUCCCACUGCACCACCGCCCUUCUCCACCCAAUCGCCCCUGGCAGUGCUGGCAUGUGUCCUGCACGGCACCCAAUCGCUCUCCACUGGCAGUGCUGGUGCGCAUAGUGCAAGGCUGGCAGCCGUCAGGGAAUGGAGGCGAGGCGAGCAAUCAAUUGCUGGCACAGGUGGUGCGAGGGUGGCAGCCGGCUAGACGCUUCAGGGAUUGGCGGCGAGCUAUGAAUGUGUGCCGCCUGGGGGACCCGGCUGUAGAAUGCUCUGAAGAUGGCUCAGUGAUCGCCCUAAAGCUGUCUCAAGCUGGCAUCAGGGGAAAUCUCUCCGACGAGCUUGGCAAACUCACCGCCCUCACUUCCCUGCAGCUGGACGGCAAUCAGCUGACCGGCUAUCUGCCUUGGUCCCUAAGUGCCCUAACCAACCUGCAAAUCCUCAAUGUGGGUGGCAACAGGCUCUAUGGCAUGCUGCCCGCGUCGAUCACAAGCCUCAAGCACCUUCACACCCU